AAAAAGAAACUGUAAACUAAAAAAUCGUUUUUGAAAGCUUUAGAAUGUAUCUACUCUAAAGCCAUGUCAGAUAAGUAUGUAUUCAAAAGAAAUUUUAGUGAAACGGGAAUUUUUUUGCAAAUUACGAAAUUGUUGGGGUUGGGGUAUAUAUUUUGCGUCAAUUCGUUGUAAACGGUUAAAAAGGUGGCUUUUAACUGAGCAAACGUAUCGAAGAAUUAACGCUAGAUCAGGCAUGAGCUAUGGUAUUUGCAAGAACCAGCAGAACAGAUCGCCGUAUACUGUGAAUGUGAAUCAUAUACUGGAACUUUUAUUUUGCAAAAUUUUACCUAACUUGUAUUUUUGCCUAACGUACAAAUUUUCGUAAAUUGCAAUAAUAUUUUAUCUGAACCAGUGGCGUCACGCAGUUUAGGGUGCCUUAAUUCAAUACUAAAGGCUCCCGAUCGAAAGAGGCCUUCGUUGGAAAGGUGCCCCAAAAUAUAUGAAUAUAUCUAUGUUCUUAAGGUUUCUUUAAGUAUUUAUGAACUAUGUUGAAAUUUUUUUUUCAAAGACUUUCAUUUUUUUCAUUUUUGCAAGACGCUUUUCUGUUUAACAUACUAUACACCACUGGAUGGGCCUCCUUUCAGCUCAUAAAUUGGGGCCUUGUUCCGGUUUUAUUCUAAAGGGCCCAAGGUGCCUUGUUUACGAAAAGUAGCCUUCAUUUAGUUUAAGAAAAGAAAUUUACGUAGAAGAUUGAUCUAUGUUUGGAUUUUUUUAUGCUUUUUAUGGUAAUUUGUUGAAAAGAUAUGAUGAUUAAUAAUUCUUUAAGUCUGAUCUCCUUUUUACAACAAUAUCGUAUAUUUAGAAUUGGUUUCUUUGAGGAAAAAACACCGUAAGGAUUUCAAGGGCGCAGUGAGAUAUUUCAGGGAGGGCGAAUUGUAGACAUUUCUAGCUGCUGAGUCAAAAGGGUUAUUGCCUGUUAUGUUUUCUCCUUGCCUACUGGUCUGCUACCCUGAAAGGUGAUUGGUCAGACAAAGCUCUCACGAGGUCCCGCGUUGCUCGGCUGGGUUUCUUUUGUUUUGUUUGAACAGCUAUUGUUCAAACUGGAUUAAAAAAUGGUAGACCUAAAAUGGUAGCCUAGAAGGGGAAGUUGCGUUGGCGGUUUGUCUGAGCUAGCUAGUAAACAUUCAGAAUUCACCUGAAAAUGCUCAAGUCCAGCAAUUCUCGCGAGCAAGAAAAAGAAAGUGGCAGAAAUGGUGAUCUGUAUUGCUGUCUUCUUGAGGACAGAGAAAAAUGCCGUAGGUGGGCUGGAAACGCCAGCUUCAACUUCAGAGUUCAGAAACUCGUAAAGCAGAAAAAGCUGGGACUAACCCUGAAUCCUGAUUGCAAACAUACAUAUAUUUGUGAUAAUCAUAAAAAUGUGAUUCAAAGAGCCAGGAACAAAAGGAAGAAGUCACCACAUUCUGAAGAUGAAAAUGAAUCAGCAGAUAUGGUUGAUUUUUCCUCACUACAAAUCAGCACUUUGCGGAGAUAUAGACGACAUUUCAAGUUGCAGAAUAAAGCUGGGAUGAAUAAAUCUCAGUUGUUGGAGACAAUUUCAAGGCAUUUUAAAAGUAUUCCAGUUCCUGAAAAAGAAACAAUCACAUAUUUUAUUUACAUGGUUAAAACACACAAAAGCAAAUUGGACCAAAGACCACAUGACACUGCUUGAAUACUUUGCUAAUAAAUGUAAAUAUUUGUAUAUAUUUUAGCAGGGUUAGCAUUCAUAAGUAGUUUAGCUUAAAGUUUAGGUUUGUUAAGGCCUAUCAAAGCGAAAAAGUGUUCUGGAAAAUCUCAUUUAAUGCUCAAGUUUACUUGCAACUUCUUCUUUUAUGCUGAUGUCAAAUUUAAAGUGUCAACUUACAUUUGAUGUUUCUAACGACAGCAUUUCUUGCUUUUAGUCAAGUUAAUACAAUUAUAACUGUUGAGCCAGAAUUCUUCUGUUUUUAUCUUCAUUUUUGUUUCCUGCCGAUUAAUUAUGUUGGGAAAGUUUUGAUAAUUAUUUCUCAACACAAAAACAAGAGCAAUUUGUAAAUUUGUUUUAUGAACUGUAUGCUUGAUUAACUGUAUGCUUUGGCUAGCACAGUUUUUGUUUUGUAUGAAGUUGUUUCAUAGAAAACGUUUCUCAGCCCAAACCCUGUUUUUUUCUAUCUUCCUAAGAAUUCAGGAUAUGUCAAAAUCAGCCAUCAAAUAUCCUUUUAGAUUUUUAUAUCCAUAAAAUAUCAAAAUAUCCAAGAAAUAACAAUGACAGUUUUUACGCCCAGUCUGUUGGAUUACAAAUGUGUGCCUAUAGAGCUUGGUCCCCAUACCUAUGAAAAAUCAAGAUGUGUUUUUAUGCUUCUUAAAGGUAUUUUACUCUUAUUCUAGCAAAUACUUUAAUGUGUCACAUUAAAUGUGAAAUAAGACAAUAUUCUUAUUUUUUUAGAAUGUACAAGUAAAUUGUUUAAUGUCGAAGUUUCAUGUA